AUGAGAAAUAAUUCUCAGUCAGAUUUAACUGACCGUUACGAAAUAGCCUCCAUUGAAGAGCGUGAUGAUUCUACAAUCUCCUCAGAGCUUUCCAUUGAAGAUAAACGAUCAAUUGAUACUAUUGAACAUGUCAGUCCCACCAAAAAGCAAUCAUGGAGAGAAAUAUUUAUGUUAUCAUUUUCAUCUCUUGGAGUCAUCUAUGGAGAUUUAGGGACAUCUCCCUUAUAUACCCUUAGUUCAAUCAGGUAUAAGAAGUUACCUCCUACCGAAGAUGAAAUUUAUGGUGCUGUUUCAGUUAUCUUCUACAUUUUCACCAUUAUCGUUAUUAUCAAAUAUGUACUUAUUGUAUUGGUUAUUGGUGCUAAUAAUGGUGAAGGUGGACAAGUUGCUAUUUACGGCAAGAUUGCCCAUCAAUUGAAUAUCGGCCCAAAGGGAGUCACUAUGCCCGGGGCAGCCAGGGAAGUUUCCGAUAUUCAAUUGGUUUCGAGACAAGGCACCAUGGCUUCAUCAGUUGAAUCAUAUACUUCCAGAAUUGAACACAUCAGAAAGCAUCCAAGAAUGAUUGUAGCUAUAAAAGGUUUCAUUUUGACCUGCUGUUUUAUUGGGUGUGCCUUAGUUGUUUCUGAUGGAUUAUUAACCCCAACUGCAUCCAUUCUUAGCGCCAUAGGUGGUAUUCAAGUUGCUGUUCCUUCUUUCAAAAGUGUUCUUGCUGUAUCGGAAGUCAUCUUGGUUGUAUUGUUUUCAAUUCAACAAUUCGGUUCCAAUAAGAUUUCAUUUUUGUUUGCACCUAUUAUUUUCAUCUGGUUGAUUGGGUUGAUGAUUUGUGGUAUUUAUAAUAUUGCUAAAUAUCAACCAGGUAUUUUCGCAGCAUUGUCACCACAUUAUGCCAUCAAGAUUUUACAAGAAAGUGGGAUUGACGUAUUAGGAGGUGCUAUGUUGUCAAUUACUGGUACUGAAGCUAUGUUUGCUGACCUUGGUCAUUUUGGCAGACUUCCUAUUCAGCUAACUCUAGGGUGCUUUGUUUAUCCUACCUUGAUUAUAUGUUACUUGGGACAAGCUGCUUAUCUCGUACAUCAUCCUGAUGCAUAUAUCAAUCCAUUUUUCUUAUCAUUGCCCGGUGGGACUGGUGGUGGUGUUUAUUGGGCGGUGUUUGUUUUCGCAACCAUAGCCACAGUUAUUGCUUCCCAAGCAUUAAUCUUAUCGGUAUUUAGUAUUUUUGCUCAAUUAAUUCAUUUGGAUUGUUUCCCCAAAUUAAAAAUUACUCAUGUUUCUCUGGGGUAUGCUGGCAAGGUUUAUAUUGGAGCUAUCAACUGGAUGUUAAUGAUUGGAGUUAUGUUGACCAUGGCAGGGUUUCAAAAUAGUCAUAGAACCACUGCAGCCUAUGGGUUAGGAAUCUCUUUGGAUUUGUUUGUUACUUCUUUAUUAAUCCUCAUUUGUAUGUUCUAUGUCUAUAAUUGGCAUAUAAUUUGGCCGAUUUUAUUCCUUUUAAUUUUUGGACCUUUAGAAUUUAGUUUGAUUAUUUCCAACAUGAAGAAAGUUCCCCGUGGUGCUUGGUUUCCCAUAAUGAUUACGGUGUUGUUGAGUACAUUUUUGAGUGUGUGGAGAUGGUGUCGAUCAAGAAAGGUUGAACAAGAGUUCAAUUCCAAGAUUAAAAUUGGAGAUUUGUUUCCAUAUUUCAAGAAAGCAGAAACAAUUGAAAUUAAUCUUAAUCAUAAAGAAUCUAACCAAGAAGAUUCACACCAGUUUGGAAAGACUGAUGUUAAAACAAGAUUUGGAAUUUUACACUUGACUAGACACGAAGGAUUAGGCAUAAUGUAUGUUGACUCCAUUUUGACCAAUUCGCCAAACACCUUGCCUGAUUUGUAUACUAAAUUGGUAACAACUUUUGUUUCCAUUCCUUCUCAUUUUGUGUUUUGUGCUAUUAGAGUAAUGAGCAUUCCUUUUGUUCCUGAUGAACAACGAUUAUUUGUAGCACCGAUGAAAUUACCAGAUCAUUACAAGUGUGUCAUUAGAUUUGGAUACAUGGAACUUACCAGAAUAGAUAAAGCAAUGAUAUCGCUUAUUAUGAGUAAGAUUCCAGCACUAUCUGGACUAAACGAGGAUCAAUUGGAGAAGUAUCCAAAGUUGCAUAUUUUCGAAAAUGAUUUGAUAUGAUGUCAUGAGUAUGAACCUACAAAAAAUGUGUUUAGAAAGGUUGCUAGAUUAAUCCGGAUGAUUAUUAUUGAGCAUUUCUUUAGCCCCUUGAGCUCACUCACUCUGGAAUAUGGUAGGUUUUUGAAAGUUCCCAAUGCCGAGGAAGAACG